AUGGCGGUGCUGCUGCUCGCAGCGCCGCUAGCCGCAGCGAGCGUUGACGCAGAGCGCACCGGCCGUGAGCUCCAGCAGCUCGAUGGCAUCCCGAGCGGCAGCCUCUUGGGCGGCCUCAUCAACACAGUGAAUGGCAUCCUGAACUCCCUUCAGACCCUCAAUUUGGGGUCCACCACCCCCAUGAUCCCUGUCGGCGGCCUAUUUAGCGGCCUCCCGGUCCUGGGCGGCACCAACAGCACUGGCCUCCUCAAUGGCAUCCUUGGCCCCGUCGCCGGCCUCCUUGGCUCCAACUCUACCGGGCUCGUCAACACUCUCACUGGCCUCACCGGCGGCGGCCUCCUGGGUACCGUUACCGGCACCUCUGGCGCUACCGGCGGCCUCCUGAGCGGCCUGACGGGCGGCCUCGCCGGCGGUCUCGUUGGGGGCGUCACCGACGUCCUCGGCAACAUCCUCUCCGGCUCCACCUCCGGCCUCCUGUCCGGCACCGUCGGCGGCCUCCCCUUGGUCGGCGGCCUGUUUGGCCCCGUCUCCGGCGUCCCGGUCCCUGGCGGCCUGCUCAACAGCACCCAGCUGAGAGGCCGCCCUGUCGUGGGCAGCCCCGUGGGCAACGUCCCUGUCGUCGGCAAUGGCGGGCUCCUCACCAACCUCCUGGGCCUCGCGUCCGGCGACCUCCUGGGUGGCGGUGGCCUCAACGCUGUCCUGAACGGUGUCCUGAACAAUGCUGUGGGCCCCGUGCUGGAGACUGCGGCUGGCCUUCUGCCCGGCGUCACCAACGCUCUCCCCCUGGGCAUCCUUGGCGGCAACCAGAGCUUCAUCCUGGCACCCACUGACGCCUCGUUCAUCGGCGGCAAGGGUGCGCUGCUGUCGAGCGUGCUGUCCCUCAACCCCAACGCCCUGCUCUCUGUUGGGGGCAUCACCAAGCUCCCCGACAUUGGCAACAUCACGGUCGGCGUCGAUGGCAGCUUCCUCUACAACGGGCCCAACCUCAACGGAUCCACCAGCGUGUGCAUCCAGGUCACCGACCUGCUAUCCACCGCCCCUAUCUGCAUUGACCUAAUCCGCAACCUGCAAAUCCCCGCCGUCAGCGGCAUCCUGCCCCUGGUGUUCAGUAACAAGACCGUUAUUGACCUCAAGGGCGGCACCAACUUCACCGGCAACCUGCUCAGCGGCGUGAUCUCGCCCAACCUCAACCUGGGUGGCAUCCUCAGCGUUGCGGGCCUCGGCGUCCUGCCCGAUGUUGGCACCAUCAACAUCAACAAGGAUGGCACCUUCACCUUCAACGGCAUCCUGAACGGCACCACCAUGUUCUGCGCGGUCGUCACCGACACGCUCUCGACCCUGCCGCUGUGCCAGACGAUCUCCAACCUGCUGCCAGCUCUGCCUGAGAUCCCCCUGCCCGUCUGCCUCCCCGGCUGCCUCAACGGCGGUGUCUGCAACGGCCUGCUCAGCUGCAACUGCACUGGCACAGGUUUUGCGGACAACAUCUGCUCCACCCCUGUCAGUAACAACACUGUUGGUAGCAACACCACUGUUAACACCACCGUCCCCCCGGCAGGCACCACCCCCGAUGUCACGUUUAUCUGCCCUCGCGACGGAGUGUGCAAGAUUGCCGCGCCCGGCGUGCUCAAGGGUGCGCCCGGCCCCAACGGCUUCGUGGUUGCCUCUUCCUCCAAGCCCGGUGUGGGGACGCUCGGCGUGACCUCCGAUGGCGCUAUCACGUUCAUCCCGCCGCUGGACUUUGCCGGCAAUACGACCUUCACCUCUCUGGUCACCAACGGCACCCUGGCCAAGAACCUCUUGAUCCAGCUGUCCGUCACCGACCCCGCGCCCCCGGCCCCCACCGCUGGCGACGACACGUUCAACUGCCCCUUCAACGCUGACUGCGUGAUUGCCGCGCCCGGUGUGCUCGCCAAUGACGCGACCACCAACCCCGGUGGCAAGGUUAUUGUGGUCAGCAACACCGGCAAUGUCACCGUGACCCCCGCGGGUGCCAUCACCCUGAAGCUCGUCCCGGGCUUUGCUGGUGACGUGGUGUUCAACUACACCAUCGACGACGGUGUCUCCAUCAAGCCCGUCACUGCCAAGGUCACCCUGGUUGUCCCCGGCUCCGACACUGCUGGCGGCGUUACCGCUGUUGCCAACAGCUUCCUGCUGCUGGUGCCUGCUGAUGGCACCGCCAACAAUGCCAGGUGCCCGGACCCGACCCCCGGCCUGGCCGAGAUUGUCAACGCUGCUGUGGCCAAGAUCAAGACCGUUGCCGGCCUGACCAGUGUCAAUGGCGCGUUCUCUAGGUGUGACCUCCUGGACCAAGGCAAGGUUCUGGUCACCAUCAUCUUCACCAUCAAUGCCCCCACCGCCGCGCCCAUCAACACUGCUCUGGCCGGCAUCAACUCGCCCCCCGUCGUCGGCACUGCUGCGGCUGGUGACAACAUCUGCACCUCCACCCUGCUCGGCUCGCUGUGCAACGGCACCGUCUUCACCGGCCUCAAGGUCACCGACGGCUGCGCCACGACUGCGCAGCAGUGCGUCCCCCAGACCCUGCGCCAGAAGCGCUGCGUUGUGGACGGCCCCGCCAUUGGUGGCUACACGUUCAUCCGCGCGGCCGGCCGCGUCGCGCCCUUCGUCGACGCGAACGCCGAGAUCGUCGCGACCGACGGCGAGAUUACCGCCGACAUCGGGGGCGGCCGCCGCCUGCUCCAGAAGGUCCGCCAGGCCACCUUUGAGGCGUGCUGCGUGAGCCCCAAGCAGAGGGAGCCCCCGACCGGCACCGCCUCCACCUGCAAGAAGAUCAACGUUGGCAAGAAGUUCACCAGCCUGGCCCGCUUCAAGCCCACGACCUGCAAGUGUGCCAACGUCCGCGAGUUCGUCCAGGGCGCCAUGACCACCAAGCUGCCCAAGAUCAAUGUCACCCAUAUCCCGGCCAACUACCCCUUCAGUGUUGGGUUCGCUGCUAAGGUGUGCGUCCCCAAGCCGACCAAGAGCAACCCCCUCAAGUGCACCAACAAGUACCUCACUGCCGGUGCUGCCACCGCCACUUGUAACAACGGCACCCUGGGUCUGGAGUUCGAGUCGGUGCAGCGCUUUGUCAUCGGUCGCCAGCACACCGUCAUCGCGACCUGCACCAAGAGCAGGUUCAACGACAUAUCGUCGUGCGCCAUUCCCAGCGACUCCACCGUCACCCCCACUCUGUCCGGUGGUGUCAAGAUCACCAACAAGGACUUUGACGCCGGCUGUGUGUGCAAGUCGACUGGCCGCAAGCCGGUGCUGAACCUCAUCACCACCGACGUCCUCGUGGGCCAGCAGUGCCUUGCAUAA